AUGGACAGAGGUCGCUCGCGAGACGUGUCCCCCAUUGCCUUCGCGCGCAAGGCCCAGCAGCAGGCCUUGGCCUUGCGCUCGCAGUCCUACCACAGCUCUCCACCCAGAACCACCUACCUCAACUCACGCGACAGCGCGCGCCCGGCCGUCCAACCCGUCGCGUCCUCGUCACGCCUUCCUCCACCCCCCUCACCACUACACCAUACUUCUUCCCUGUCCUCGUCACCGUCGGACACCAUUCCGCGCACCGGUUCGUCGAGCAGCGUCUUGUCCGACGCCUCCGAAGCAACGCCCCUCGGUCCGUUGACACCUCCGGACGAGUUCCAGGACUACGGCCUCGACCGCCCCCUUGACUACUAUGACUCCCCUCCGUCUCCGCCGCGGUCGCUCCAGGACCAGAUGCAUGUCGCUUACGCGUUGGACAACAUGCACCUCGCCAAGAUCCUUCUGCUCAAACUCCGCGGUAUCGACGUCAGUGGCGACGACGACCCGCGCAUCGCAGCCGUGCGCGACGAAGACUUUUCGAGUUCCUUCGUUCCCGAAGGCGGUCUCCGCCUCGACGCCGAUGCAGAAGCGCGUGUGCAGGAGGCCGAGCGACGUGCACGCGAAGCACGGCAGAGGCGGUUGCGCGAGGAGCGGCUGCGGCGGUGCGAACAGGUCUGGGAGCGCAGCAUGCAGCGGUUCAGAGGUGAGAAGGCCCGCAUCGCGCGCAAGAAGGAGGAGGCGCAGCGCGAGCGGCGGGAGGCCGAGCGCCUCGCGAAGGAGCGUGAGCGCGAACGCCAGCGCAAGGCCGAGGCAUCCCGGGCCGCACGGGGUUCGCAGCUAAGGAUAGCGAGUGCCCAGCCUCGGCAACUCGUCUGCUACGACUCCCUCCGGAACGCCGACUCGCGCUUUCCCAAGGCCACGCGCGUGGAGAGGAGGGCGGACGAUAGCGGCAAGUUCCUGUACGACAUCAUGCCGUCCCCACCGUCUCGCCCCAUGUCGCUCUCUCCUCCCACCAGCCGCUCGCCCACGGACAAGGACUCGCUGACCCUCCCGCGAGCUCAGCGGGAGCUUGCUCUCAAGCAUGCAAAGAGUGUCUCGCGGUCUGUCGCCUUCUCCGACGUUCUCACCGCCAUGCAUGGCCCCCUGUUCGGCGAGGAGGAAGAUAACCGGAUGUAUGUACGACGCGAUAAGCAGCAGGCAGAGCUGCUUGCCAUUCUCCUAGAGCCAGUCAAGCUGGCCGAGAAGGGCAAAACAGGCCAGGAUACCAUUCCAGAGCCGGUGAUGCAAGCGAAGAAGUCCGUAACCGCCAGAGCCUUGCGGGCGUCGACGGCCGACUCGAUCUCGAGUACGUCGUCCGCCGGUUCGUCUUCUAUCUCCACCGUCACCCGCUCUGGUUCUUGGUUCUCGUUCGGCAGCAAGAGCUCCUUCCGUUCCACAUCCACCACCCUUACCACACCCUCUUCUUCGCCCCUCACUUCGAGCAAACUCACCAUUCUCUCCUCGCCUCUGUCGACGUCGCCGCCGUCCGACUCUCCCAUCCACACCCGUAGGCGGUCUUCCAAACCACCGCCGAGUGCGCCGACUGUUCCGGCUUCUGAGCACCCGCUUGCGCUUCCUCCUCCGCCUCGACCCAAGCGUAAGGAGCCUCUCGCAGUCGGCCGCGGUCGGCCUCUCACCAGGCGCGUGAGCUUGUCUGGUCAAGUAGACGAGCAGUCGCCGCCGCCGAGCCCGACGACGAUGCUAGUGCACCACGUCAGUCGCUCUGUCUACACCAUCAUAGAUCUCGCAGCGCAAUUCCAACGCGCAUAUGUCAGGGCGACGAUGUUCUCCGCGGGCGUCGACCUCUACGGCGAGCGCUCCCGAUCUACUUCUGGAUCACGCUCGCGGUCUCCUGUGGGUCGGGUGCGCUAUGCCUCUUCGUCUCGUCGCCUGGAGAGCGGCCUCAAGCCAGAGGGCUACCGCGCCUCCUCAUUAGAUGUCCAGCUCUUCGCCGACCUCGACAUGUACCGGGACGACUCGGCCCCCCAAUACCAGCGUACCCUCAUCCCUCUAUUCGCCCCCUCCUCCGACUCGGCCCCUGCGCACGAGCGCGUCUUUCCCAUCCCUCCCCCGCUUCCCCGCUCCCCGUUCCGCCCUCCCUACCAGCCGAACGCGCGCAUCUCUCGCAUGCGUCCGGUUGCGAACCCCAUCCUUCUCCGCCUGCAAGCCCUGCACAAUAUCUGCCAGGCGCACGCCAUCGCAUGGCAGCGCGCGCGCGACGGCACCCUCGCAGCGGGCAAGGAGAAGAUGGUCGGCAUCGCCUGGGAGGGUAUCGGGCGGAGCAGCCUCAGUUGGGAGGUAGGGACCGGCACCGUCUACUAGCUGCCGGUGUGUCGACCUCCCUUCGUGCGAUACCUGUCCGCCUCGACCUCGGUCUCUCUCGCUUGUCAACGAGCUGUGCGUCCGCAAAUCGCUUUCCGCUUGCUUUCUGCGCUCCAUGUCUCUCGGCUGUUCGGACACGUCAUGACUCCCACUAAUACCACACGCCCUCCUUGCUAUCUCCCCGUUUCCUCUCUUACAACUCGCGUGGAGGGCGUCGUCGCAGUGGGGCAGUGUAUUUGUGGCUGUCCUUUGGAGGGUAGAGCCUCUGCUGCGGCGCGCCUCGCCUCGCCUCUCGUAUAUGUCUAGGACCUUUUCCCCUAUAAUGCGCCGUUAGUGUUUAUUUGCCUGUCCUCUUCGCACUGUACCAUCUUUGCAUCUCACUCGCUGUACAUAUGCAUGCCUCGCGCAGGAGUAGACGCGCAUACACAGUGCGCUGUGUGCGUUGUUGUACCAGUAGCUCAUCCAUACCAUACCCGGUCUCGGUGAUAUCACGCCCUUCACGCUGUACUUACUCGCAUCCUACACGAACCUUUACAAUGAUCAUGACUUACG